GUUGCCUUUGAGCUUUAGGGAAGUAACAUUAUUCUCCUCCUCUACUGUUGCAGUGAAUCUAUGGGGUGGAUGAAGAAAGAAAAGAUGGAAGGAUUAUAUCAAGUGUGGGGUGGGGUAGGAUCUUUAUUCAAGUGAGGUGGUAUUUCAUUAAAGAGAGAGCCUGUCAUUUGUGGAAUUAGAAGCAAGAAGGGCAAAGCCCGCCUUUAGAAAUGGAGUAUCUUCCAGUCACCUCACUGCUGUGUGCUUAUCUUGAAACCUAAAAACUAAGGUUCCUAGAUGUCAGUAUGGCAGCUUCAAACCUGGAGAACCAGUUGCACAGUGCCCAAAAGAAUCUGUUGUUUCUCCAACGAGAACAUGCUAACACCCUCAAAGGUUUGCAUGCUGAAAUUCGACGACUGCAACAGCAUUGCACAGAUUUGACUUAUGAACUGACUCUGAAAAGUUCUGACCUGGCAGAGAAUGGUAAUUCAAGAAGUGAUGAACUCAAAAGGAAAUGUGAAGCACUUGAGGCUCAGCUGAAAGUCAAAGAGGCUGAAAAUAAUGAAUUAUUAAAGGAACUGGAACAGAAAACUGCAAUGAUAAUGGUGCUGGAAAACACCAUCAAAGAAAGAGAAAAGAAGUAUUUAGAAGAGUUAAAAAUGAAAAGCCAUAAGCUAAAUAUGCUGUCAAGUGAACUAGAGCAGCGAGCAAGCACUAUUGCAUAUCUGACAUCACAACUGCAUGCUACCAAGAAAAAGCUUAUGAGUGUAAGUGGAACUUCUGAUGCCACCCCAUCUGGAAGUCCAGUACUGUCCAGCUACAAGCCAGCCCCUCCCAAAGAUAAGCUACCUGAGACCCCACGACGCAGAAUGAAAAAAAGUCUAUCAACACCGCUAAACCCAGAAUUCGAAGAGGCCUAUAGAUUAGGAUCGGAUAGCCGAAAGCUGCUGUUGCGAGAGCCUGUUGAUGCUAUGCCUGAUCCCACUCCAUUUUUAUUGGCCAGGGAAACUGCAGAGAUCCACCUUAUCAAAGAACGGCCUUUAGUUAUUCCACCCAUUGCUUCAGAACGCACUUCAGGAGAAUCACAAAGUCCAGCAAAAGAGAAGCAACACAAGGCACAUAUUGGUGUGGCACAUCGAAUUCACCAUGUAACAACAUCCCAGACUCCACCAGAGGUUGAAACAUUAGCAGUGGAUCAGGUCAAUGGAAGUAAAGUGGUCCGAAAGCAUCCAGGGACAGACAGAACUGUUUAAGUGAAAUGAUUGAUGUGAUGCUCUAUUACUCUGUUGCUUUUUAUGCACUGUGAUCAAAUAACAUAAUUUCAUCGCAGUAAAGUUUCUUUUAAUGCUU